CAAUGAAGUUAUCGUCUUUGCUGCUGGUCCUGGCCCUUUCGGUCGGUGGCCUCUCACUGGUGAGCGCACGCGAUGAACUGCGUCCAACUGCGGCUCCGUUGAUCAGCUCGACGGUGAAGCCAACGAGCGCUCCAAAGCUCGACACGAAGCCAACGAAGCCACUGAUGAUCAUCAAUGCACCUCCAAUGAAGCAGAAGCAUCUGGUGCCCGUUGCCGUUGAGGCGCAGCCACAAGUCGAGGCACAACAGCAGCAGCAGCUGAAGUCAACGGUGCAGGUGAAGGAUGCGAAGCCGUUGCAGGUGACGGGAUUCAUCACCAAGUCGGGCAACAUCUAUGAGAUCGAAGACAAGCGCGGCAUCGGACACAUUGAGCCACGUCAAGCGGAUCAGCCCGCCGAGCAGCAGAUCGUUUGCAACUACGGCAACGUUGUCAUCUACAGCGAUGUGCCCUGCGAUGAGGUGACCAACGUGCAGAUCGGUGAGGUGCAGUCCCUGAAGAAGCCCGUCGACGAUCAGCAACCAGCUGCUGCCGUCGAGCAGCCAGCCAACGAGAUGCAACAAGCCAGCGAUGAGCAGCAGCAGCAGCAGCAGGAGGUGAGCAACAACGCAACGGGCAACACGCCACGUCAGCAGGGCAAUCAGCAGCGUCGUCGUCGUCGUCGUCCAGCCAAUGCCCAGCAGCAGCGUCGUCGCGUCAAUGGCAACCGCAAUGGCGUGCGUCGUCGCAUCCGCAUCCGCAAUGGCAGCGGCAACGGAAAUGCUGUUCGCAAUGGCAACGGCAAUGGCAAUGGCAAUCGUCGUGUGGUGCGUCGUCGCCCCAACGCCCAGCGUCGUGGCAAUGGACAGCGUCGUCCGGCCAACAGGCAACAGCAGCAGCGUCGCCGUCAGCAGCAACGUCGCCGCCAACAGCAGCAGCAGCAACAACGUCGUCGUCGCCAGCAGCCACAGCGCCGUCGUCUCCAGCAGCAACAGCAGCAGCCACAGAAGCGUCGCAUUCGCGAGGAUGAAGAUGUCUAA